CAGGGAGAGAGCAGCAAAGAGAAGGUGCUUGUGACUUGUUGUGUACAGGAGGAAAAAGACUGGUGCUAAGCAAGACAGACUUCAUAUUAUUACUGUAAAGGGAAAGGAGUAGACGCAGAAGUGAAAAUGCCCAAACCGGUAAAUGUUCGUGUGACCACUAUGGAUGCGGAGCUGGAAUUCGCCAUCCAGCCAAGCACCACAGGGAAGCAGCUUUUUGAUCAGGUGGUUAAAACUUUGGGCCUACGUGAGGUGUGGUACUUUGGACUGCAGUAUAUAGACAACAAAGGAUACCCAACUUGGCUGAAACUUGAUAAAAAGGUAUCAGCACAAGAGGUCAAGAAGGAAAACCCUUUGCAGUUUAAAUUCCGUGCCAAGUUUUAUCCUGAAGAUGUUUCUGAGGAACUUAUCCAGGAAAUUACCCAGAAGCUAUUUUUCAUGCAAGUGAAAGAAGCUAUUCUUAGUGACGAGGUAUACUGUCCUCCAGAAACAGCUGUCCUUCUAGCUUCUUAUGCUGUUCAGGCUAAGUUUGGAGACUACAGCAAAGAAACACACAAGUCUGGUUACUUGAACACAGAACGUCUUCUUCAACAGAGAGUACUGGAUCAACACAAACUUUCCAGAGAACAGUGGGAAGAAAGGAUUGAGGUGUGGCACUCAGAGCACCGUGGCAUGCUAAAGGAGGAUGCUAUGUUGGAAUAUCUUAAGAUUGCUCAAGAUCUGGAGAUGUAUGGUAUCAAUUACUUUGAAAUUAAAAAUAAAAAAGGGAGUGACCUCUGGCUUGGAGUAGAUGCUCUUGGUUUAAAUAUUUAUGAGCACAAUGACAAACUGACACCAAAGAUUGGUUUCCCCUGGAGUGAAAUAAGGAAUAUUUCUUUCAAUGACAAGAAAUUUGUUAUCAAGCCCAUUGAUAAAAAAGCACCGGACUUCGUGUUUUAUGCACCUCGUCUUAGAAUCAACAAGCGAAUCCUUCAACUUUGCAUGGGUAAUCAUGAGCUGUACAUGCGCCGCAGAAAGCCAGACACAAUUGAAGUGCAGCAGAUGAAAGCGCAGGCCAAAGAGGAGAAGUUACAGAAACAACUGGAGAGACAACAACUAGAAAAUGAGAAGAAGAAACGGGAAGCUAUUGAGAGAGAAAGGGAGCAGAUGAUAAGAGAAAAAGAGGAACUGAUGUUCAGAUUGCAUGAAUAUGAAGAACAAUCUAAGAGGGCAGAAAGAGAGCUAUCAGAGCAGAUUCAAAGGGCCAGGGAAUUAGAGGAAGAGAGAAGACGGGCACAGUUUGAGGCAGAGCGACUAGAAUCAGAACGUAUUGCUGCUCUCCGUGCCAAGGAGGAACUGGAGAGACAAUCCAUUGCCCAGACAGAAAGCCAAGAGCAGCUGGCAUCUGAACUAGCAGAAUAUACUGCUAGGAUCACACUGCUUGAGGAGGCCAGGAGAGUCAAAGAAGACGAAGCAAGCGAGUGGCAAAUGAGGGCACAAGAAGCCCAAACUGAUCUUCUGCGAACCAGAGAAGAACUACAGGUUGUAAUGAGCACACCGCCACCACCACCACCUCCUGUGUAUGAGCCGUACAGAGUACAUGAGCCGGAUGAUGGACUGGAUCACACAAGUUACAGUGCUGAUUUGCCCAGUGUUGGCUUCCUAGAGGACAACAAAAUGCAGACAAGAAUGACUGAGGCAGAGAAGAAUGAGCGUGUUCAGAGACAGUUGAUGGCUUUGACGAGUGAACUUUCUCAGGCACGAGAUGAGUCCAAGAAGACCCAAAAUGAUAUCCUGCACACAGAAAAUGUCAGAUCGGGUCGUGACAAGUACAAGACCCUGAGACAGAUUCGUCAGGGCAACACCAAGCAGAGAAUUGAUGAGUUUGAAGCCAUGUAAAUGAUGUUUGUAAAUAGUGGUUACAGAGGGUAGAACUUGAUAUUAUAUGUUUUUCAGUGUGUCAGUCAGCUCCAUAUUAUUGACUCUUUAUGGCUGCAACUAUAGUCUUAACAAUGAAAUCACCUUCUUUCCAAUUUUCAUUCCUAUUUAGACGCUACCUGCUUUACAAAAUAGCAUAAAGCUGUUCUUUGUUGCAACAUGGGGCCAAAAAAAAAUUACAGUUGCCAUAAUCAACUGUGCAAAAUGUUGCACCAUGAAAUUAUUUAAGUAAUUAUUUUAUUAAAUAUUACAUGCUCACUUGCAGACAUAGCACCAUAAUUGGUGUUUUGAAGUUGUUGUGCCAAAAGGCCUUUUCUCCAUUUAACGUGGAGCAGAAAAAAUAAAUAUAUUUUUAUUUUGCUAUAUUCAGCAGUCAAGUUGCAAAUGCCUUUGCAGAGACAUAAGCUGAUGAUACAUACUGUUUUUAUUUGGCUUGUGUUGUUGUAUGCCAUUGAUUACACUUGUAUUGAGAAUGAUGUGCCAUACAUUUUUUUCUAUAAAACGUUUCACCGCAGCACAACAACUUGUAUGUAUCCCAAAAUGUUAGCUCAAAAGUGUUAAAAUGGUAAAAGAAAUAAAAUUAAAAAGUGA